AUGGCGUGGGGUGUGCUAGAGGACAAUACACUUGUGGAUGUUCCAGGAACAUCGCUUUUGAAUAACGGAAAGGGUAAUGAACCCGAGGCGCAAAGCAACAAUCUGAAAGCCAAGGACGGUGUUGUUCUUGUGCCUCAGCCCAGUGACAAUAUCAACGACCCCUACAACUGGUCUAAUGUUAAGAAGAAUAUCGUUAUCUGGACGCUGGCCAUUUCUUCUGGAGUUUCCGGGUCGCUUGGGCCUCUGCUUGCCCCUGGUUUAUUAGUCGCCUCCGAGAGGUAUAACGUUUCGCUGGACGAAGUCUCGAAAUUUCUCAUUGGCUUAAUGAUAUUAUUCACUGGUGCAAGCACUUUCUUCACGGCGGCAGUGGCAACUGUCUGGGGGAAGCGACCAGUGUUUGUGCUAUCAAGUGUGGUCUUGUUAAUUACUUGUAUUUGGGGCCACUUUGCCAUGUCUUUCCAAUCGCUGUGGAUAAUGCGAGUCGUCCAAGGAGCGGCAUCCGCCCCUUUGGAAACCUUAGUGACAUCCACCGUAUCCGAUAUGUUCUUCGUUCACCAACGAGGUCGGAAACUCGCCAUAUGGGGGAUAGCUGUCAUGUCUGGUGUCUUACUUAGCCAGGUUGUUUCUGGUUAUACUAUUCAGAAUCUUGGCUUGCUGGUUCCCUUCGGCAUUGCAGCAUUGAUAUUCUGUGUACUGUUACCAGCAAUAUUUUUCCUUGUCCCCGAGACUGAAAAUGGAACACAUAGACCUGGGAAUGUCCAUGAAAAGCCUGAAACUGCUGGAGGUUAUAUCAAUGCAACUAAAAGGCCAUACCGCGAAGGGUUGAAGGUGUUCAAUGGCCGCAUCUCGGAUGACAGUUUCUGGAAACUAGCAGUGAAGCCUUUGCCACUGAUUUUAUUUCCAGCAGUGGUCUUCAGCACGUUUAUCUACGGCACCUUUUUCACUUGGCUGGUUGUCUUCUCCAUCUUAUCCACAAACGUCUUCACAAGCCCUCAAUAUGGCCUCACGCCAUCACAAGUGGGCCUGACUAACCUUCCCCUGCUCGGUGUUGGCCUUCUUGGGACCCCACUAUCCGGUGCCAUUGCGGACUGGCUCGUUUGCUUUAUGGCACGGCGAAAUAAGGGCAUCUACGAACCUGAGUUCCGCUUAAUUCUCAUGAUCCCCGCAACGAUAUUAUCGACAGUUGCAUUCCUGGGCUAUGGGCUCAGUAUCCACAGAGGCGCCCCUCUUGCUGUACCGCUAGCAUUCAUGUCUUUGCACUCCUUAUCAAUCCCUUUCGCUGCGUCUGCGAGUUUCACAUACGUAAUCGACUGCCACCCAAAAGAUGCGAAUCAGGCAUUUGUGACAAUAAACUUUGCAAAGGACGUGUUUAUCUUUAUUGCUAGUAUGUUUGUGAAUGGAUGGUACUCGUAUCGGGGUCCCAGAGAAGUCUUCAUUUGGAUUACUGGACUUAAUCUGGCAUUUAGCGUGAUGACGAUUCCUAUGUAUGUUUACGGGAAGAGAUUUAGGAGCAUUGUUGCACGGAAUUCCUUUCUCAACAAACUUUGA